GUUUUCAUGGAAACCUUAAAGUCCACAUGAGAGUUCACACUGGAGAUAAGCCUUACACAUGCUAUCGGUGUAGAAAAAGUUUCAAUCAACAAGGAAGCUUUAACAGGCACAUGAGAAUUCACAAUAGAGAGAAGCCUAACAGAUCCCCUCAGUGUGGAAAGAGUUUCAAUCAAAAAGGUAACCUUGACGUCCACUGGAGAAUUCACACUAUGGAGGGGCUUUUUCCCUGCGAACAGUGUGGAAAGAGUUUCACUCAUAAAGGAAGCCUUAACAGGCACAUGACAAUUCACACUGGAGAGAAACCUUUCACAUGCUAUCAGUGUGGAAAGAGUUUCAGUCAUCCUGGAAACCUUAAAAUCCACAUGAAUAUUCACACUGGAGAGAAAUCUUUCACCUGCAAACAGUGUGGAAAAAGUUUUAACAAAAAAGGAAACCUUAAUUACCACAUUAGAGUUCACACUGGAAAGAAGCCCUUCAUCUGCCCUCUGUGUAGAAAAUUUUUCAAGCGAAAACGAAACCUUAAAGUUCACAUGAAAAUUCACACUGAAGAGAAGCUUUACACAUGCCCUCAGUGUGGAAAGUGUUUCAGGCAAAAACGAUACCUUGAAGCCCACAUGAGAAGAAUUCACACUGGAGAGAAGCUUCAACUGAAAAGGUAAUCUUAAAUAGCACAUGAAGAUUUACUCAAGAGGGACCUGUUUGAAUGUCAUCAGUGUGGAAUGAGUUUUACAGACAAGAAAAACCUAGGAAUCAUUCCUGGACAUCGUAGAGAAGCCUGUCAUGUGCCAUCAACUGUGGAAAGACUUCCAGAAACAAAGCAAAUCUUGAGUUUCACAUAAACUGGAUGAUGGCAUACCAUCUUCCGUAGAGCUGCUUUACAGCUGAAUCCCAUCGUGCAACAUCGACAUUGGUACCUAACUGAUUUCAGUCAACUCUUAACUGGUUCUAAUUGAAUAACUA